AUGGCACCGGUUUCUGGAUUUCGUCCCUGCAGCACUUUGAGCGGAGUGGUAUACCCUACUCGAUGCUUUACGUACCGGUUUCCCACGGGGACUGGCUCUCAUUACUCUUCAUCGCUGCCAUAUUCAUUUGAUGAGACAAUUCCGAAGAUGACGAACCCAGCAAAAAUUUCCUCACGCCCAAAACAGACUGCUGGGUUUGGCAAGCGUCACAGGACAAAAGCACAUACGCACGCAUCAGUCCCCGGACGAGCGACGAACCUGCCAGAAACAGCAGCGAUGCAUCCUAACGCUACCGUGUUUAUAUCAUCAACCACGCUGGAAAAGACACAUCCAUCAUCAGCCUCGGACUCCUUGCACGGUGAUGACAAUCUGCCAUCCACGACUUCCAAACCAAUAGGAAGAUCUCCGGACUUGACAGAUCAGACCAGCAUGAAGAUCGGUCUCGCUUUCCUCGGCGCGAUGCUUCUCAUUAUAGUAUGGCUGUGGAUGGUCUUCUUCGGUCUACCAAAAUACCGCAGGUACUUAGGUCGCCGCGGAGCAUGCAAAGAGGCCGAACCAGUUCAAGGUCAAUGGUGGGACUGGGUCAAGGCUGACCGUGAGAAGCCCUGGAUCCCAGCAUGCAGUCGAAAUCCAGAAUUCUAUCAGGUGCGAAACUUGAGCAAGACCUCUUCAGCAGUGCUGGGAGAGGGUGCUGCAAUGUCCCCACUGCGAGCGUCUGAGGCGACGACGUUAGGCUCGUGGCCCAUCCAGAGUAUGCCUGAUCAAUUCGACUUUCUGAAACUCUCUACGGCGAUGUAUUUGUACAUAGAGGUGCACUGGUAA